AUGGGCAGCGUGGGGGAGCUCCGGUGCCGUCCAAGGCGAGGGGCCCGAUCCCCGGCGGUGGGAACCAGCCCCGGACUCGGGCCCACACCCCCGCAGGUGCUGCUGGCCCUGUCUGCGCACGUGGGCGCGCUGGAGGCCGAGAAGCAGCGGCUGCGCGCCCAGGCCCGGCGGCUGGCCCAGGAGAACCGGCCGGACUCCCCCCCUCGCCGAGACAGCCUGGCUUCGCUGUUCCCCAGCGAGGAGGAAGAGAGGAAAGGUUCUGAGGCGGCAGGGGCGGCGGCGGCUCAGCAGGGCGGCUACGAGAUCCCGUCGCGUCUCCGGACCCUGCACAACCUCGUGGUCCAGUACGCAGGGCAGGGCCGCUACGAGGUCGCCGUGCCUCUGUGCCGCCAGGCCCUAGAGGACCUGGAGCGCAGCUCGGGCCACUGCCACCCUGACGUGGCCACCAUGCUCAACAUCCUGGCACUGGUGUACCGGGACCAGAACAAGUACAAAGAGGCCACAGACCUUCUGCACGAUGCCCUGCAGAUCCGGGAGCAGACACUGGGCCCCGUGCACCCUGCGGUGGCCGCCACCCUCAACAACCUGGCGGUCCUCUAUGGGAAGCGCGGGCGCUACCGGGAGGCGGAGCCCCUGUGCCAGCGUGCCCUGGAGAUACGAGAGAAGGUCCUGGGCACCGACCACCCGGACGUGGCCAAGCAGCUCAACAACCUGGCCCUGCUCUGCCAGAACCAGGGCAAGUUUGAGGACAUGGAGCAGCACUAUGCCCGCGCCCUGCGCAUCUACGAGGCCCUGGGCGGGCCCCACGACCCCAACGUGGCCAAGACCAAGAACAACCUGGUGAGAAUGAAGAGAGCCAUGUCACUCAACGUGCUGAAUGUGGAGGGCCCGAGGGCCGCCGGGACUCAGUUCCCCAGCCGGCAUCUGGGCAAGGCCCCUCGGAUCCUCAGCGCCAGCACCCAGGACCUGAGCCCCCGCUAGAGCCGACUGGACCAUACUGGACGCAGCAUCUGGGGGGGACAGGGGCAUUCAUCUCCUGACUCCCCGCCUCAGGGUGCCCAUGGAGCAGGCUUCCCGCCAUCCCCGGCUGCUGCGAUUAAAGGC